CAGAUAAUGUUUGGUCUUUUAUACUCUGUUGAAGACUGGCAAACAAUAUCAGAAGAAGAAAACCUGGAGAUGGAAAGACAACUCCAAGUUAUCAACAAACCUCCCGUCGUGAGUUUCAAGACUGAUUAUGGUGAUAUCUUGGACUGCAUCGACAUUUACAAACAACAUGCUUUCGACCACCCUUUGCUGAAGGAUCACAAAGUGCAGCAAGUUGCCCGAGAAGAUUCUCCACAAGAGACUCCACAUCAAAGGCUCCACCAAGCCAAAGGUAAAGCUGCAGAUGACUCCUGGCUUUGGUGCACUACAGAUGACACUGUUUACGAUGCCGUGAAGUCGAUGACUCAACAAAAUGUUGGUUCCCUGGUGGUGGUAAAACCUGGAGAGCAUAAAUCAAUUGUACGGCGAGAGCAUGGUCACCAGCAACAAAGGGCAUGGGCACUAGCAUGGGAUGCACCUGCUGUUAAGGCAGAUAAGGACUGUUGUUGCUUGCGUGUACAUAUGCAGCCAAAAAACAUUCCAAAGUCGAUGAUGGAAGGCGAAAUUCCAAGCUUUUUGCCCAGCAACAUAAAAUGCCCACCAGGAACAGUUCUCAUCAAAAGGAGUACAAAAGAAGAUCUAAUCAUGACCAAGAGAUUAAAAGCUUUAGGGUUGCAUUAUCCAACAACUUCCAAUUUUCCCACCGCCGAUCCUAAUAUAGCCUUUGCUACAGUUCAAUAUAAUAGGCACAAUUUUGGAGCAAAAACAACCAUGAACGUUUGGGGGCCAAGUACAUCAGCUGAUCAGGCCAGCUUUGGCAAUCUCUGGAUUACUAAUGGCCCUACGAAUGACAUCAAUGUUCUGCAAGCCGGUUGGGGUGCAGAUGGCCAUAAAUUCACAGGCUGCUAUAAUUAUCUUUGUCCAGGAUUCGUUCAUGUUCACCGUCAAAUAACCAUUGGUCUCGUUCUAAACCAGCUUUCCGUUUACAAUGGCACACAAAAGGACAUAGAAAUCGGCAUAUUUAGGGAUGGAGAAUGGUGGCUCAAGUAUUUCAACCAAUUCGUUGGUUAUUGGCCACAAAAGUUGUUCGUUUACAUGUACGGUGGUGCUAAUAACGUUGUGUGGGGAGGUAAGGUUUUCAGCCUUGCAAAUAAGCGGAGUCCUGCAAUGGGGAGUGGCCAUUUCCCUAAAGACGGUCUUCAAAAUAAAGUUGCCUACUGUAAGGGCACUCAGAUCUGGGACAAUGUGAACUUGUUUUAUCCACCGCCGGAUCAACUUGUGGUGUCUACCAGUAUGCCUGAUUGUUACGAGGCUCAGCUUGUUGAUGGUGCUGCCCCUAAUACCAAGGACCUUUUCUAUGGGGGUCCCGGCCAAUUGUUGGAACUUGUAAUCUUCACUUUCAUGGAAACACAUGUUCUGUCUGGUUCAGUGUUGAUAGUACUGGGAUCGUUGAAUCUUGAUAUGGAACAUGUGAUUUUUGGGAAGUGA